AUGAUUGCCAGUUAUGUUGGAGAGAACAAAGUCUUUGAGAAGAUGUAUCUUACUGGCGAGAUCGAGCUCGAACUCACACCACAAGGAACCCUCGCCGAGAGGUGCAGAGCAGGCGGUGCUGGCAUUCCUGCCUUCUUCACCCCAGCAGCCUUUGGAACCGUCGUCCAGACUGGAGAGCUCCCUACCGUACACAACAGCGACGGUUCUGUCGCUCGAUACUCGACACCCAGAGAUGUCAAGGUGUUUGACGGCAAGAGCUAUGUUAUGGAAGAGGCUAUCAAGGGCGACUACGCUUUCAUAAAGGCAUGGAAGGCAGACAAACUCGGCAAUCUCAUGUUCAGAUUUGCAGCACAGAACUUCAAUGGCGCCAUGGCCCGCAAUGCAAAGGUCACCAUUGUCGAGGCCGAGCACAUUGUUGAGGUUGGCGAGAUCGAUCCGGCAGCAGUACAUGUACCCGGAAUCUACGUCGAUCGUGUAAUUCAGAGCACGGAACCCAAGAACAUCGAGAAGGUGGUCAACGCCAAAGACCCGGCCGAAGCCCUCAAUGCUCUUGGAAGUGGUGAUGCCGCAAGCAAGCGCGAACGCAUCGUCCGACGAGCAGCCAAGGAGUUCAAGAAUGGAAUGUACGCCAACUUGGGCAUCGGUAUGCCAAUGAUGGCGCCCGCCUUCGUCGACGACAGCGUCGAGGUUCAGCUUCAAUCCGAGAACGGUAUCCUAGGCCUGGGCGCCUAUCCUCAGAAGGGUCAGGAAGAUCCCGAUCUCAUCAACGCUGGCAAAGAAACUGUUACGUUGAGACCUGGUGCAUCAGUAUUUGGCUCUGACGAGUCGUUCGCCAUGAUCCGCGCUGGCAGAAUACACAUGACCAUGCUUGGAGCUAUGCAAGUUUCGGCAAGAGGAGAUUUAGCUAAUUUCGCGAUGCCUGGANAAGGUAAGGACUCAACGUACAACCCUUUACACAAGAACGAGAACAUGCUAACCAUACCACAGAUCAAGGGAAUGGGGGGAGCCAUGGAUUUAGUAUCGAAUCCCGAGAAGACAAGAGUGGUUGUAACAAUGGAGCACACCGACAAGAAGGGCGGGCCCAAGAUCAUGAAGAUGUGCGAGUUCCCCUUGACCGGCAAGGCUUGUGUUUCGAGGAUUAUCACCGAGUUGGCUGUCUUUGAUGUUGACUUCACGACGGGAUUGACAUUGAUCGAGCAUGCCGAAGGAGUCACGGUUGAGGAGAUCAGAUCGAAGACGGAGGCGCCGUUUAAGGUAUCCGACUCGUUACAGGUCAUGCAGCAGUGA